AUGCUACGCAACAAGAAACUCCGUGACCAGGAGGAGCGCCGUCGUCAAGAGCAACAGAUGCCGGUUGUGUCACACUCGCCUCCGACUUUGCCUACGCUUCCUAACAUGGAGCCGAUCGAAGGCGCACGCCCUGAUUCCAUCGCAAUCGUCUCUGGAAGAGGUUACGACUAUCCUCGCCCUCCUCCUCCAGCCAACUUCUCUCGUCCCAAGCAGGCCAGCACCUCUUACUCUUCUAUGCCAUCAAUGUCCUCGAGCGGCAGUCUGAACGCCCCCAACCCUUACGGCGUUCCAUUACCUGCCAUGCCCGAUUCUCUGCCUCGCACCGAGAGCAUCGUCAGCCGAGGCAGAGAGACUUAUGCUCCCAGCAUCUCAGCCAACAUGCAUUCUCCUCGCAGAAUGCGCCGCAGAAAGGAGCCUGAGGCUUUCAACAUCCUCAUCGCAGGCGCUAAAGGUUCAGGAAAGACAUCGUUCGUCGAGUUCCUCAAGACCGCAUUGGCCCUACCACCGCACAAGCAGACACGCGGUCACACACCACCACCUCACACGCUGAUCGACUCUCCUUUCGAGCCAACAUACAUUGAGACUGAUGUUGAAGGAGAACGCAUCGGUCUCACUCUUUGGGAUUCUCAGGGUCUGGAAAAGAGCAUCAUCGACCUUCAGCUUCGCGAUCUGGCCGCCUUCAUCGAGUCCAAGUUCGAGGACACGUUCACUCAGGAGUCGAGAGUUGUACGCACACCUGGAGUCAAGGAUACUCAUAUUCACUGCGUUCUCCUGUUACUCGAUCCGACUCGCCUGGAUUCUACCAUGCACUCUGCAGACCCCUCAUCGGUUAAGAAGCCUUCAGGUGCUGAAGACGAGUCGCUGGAUCUCGAUGUCAUAAGAGCACUCGAAGGAAAGACAACCGUCAUCCCUAUAAUCGCCAAAGCUGACACUGUUACUGUCGCCCACAUGGCUCAUCUCAAGCGUAUGGUCUGGUCCAACGUUAAGCACGCAAAGCUCGACCCGCUAGAGGCUCUGAACUUGGACGAUGAGGAAGAAGAUGAGUCUCAUGACUCCGAGGCUCUCGAGGGUGACUUUUCGAGUUCCGAGUCCGAGCUCCAACCUGCCAUCCGUUCACCUCCCCGCAAGGCCACCGAGCAUGUCAACUCUGAAGACAGCGACACUAUGGACACCUCCUUCCCGCCGGUUAGAAAGUCGUCGAGAGCUUUGCUGGGUCCAGUCUCCUCCAAGCGUGCCGACUCUUGCACCCCUGCACCCGAAGAGCUGUUCCUUCCAUUCUCCAUCUUGAGUCCGGAUUCGCACAACUCGCCAGGUGCUUUGACACGCGUGUUCCCAUGGGGCGAGGCAGACCCUUGCAAUCCUGCUCAUUGCGACUACGUCCGUCUUCGCGAAUGCGUCUUUGGCGAUUGGCGUUCUGAUCUCCGUGCUACUUCCCGUGAGAAAUGGUACGAAAACUGGCGCACUAGCCGGCUCAAGCGU